AUGAAUUCGGGACGGAUUGUCUACCACAGAAAUUCACGUGAACAACCGAAUAUGAAUUAUAAUAAGAGGAAAACAGAAACUAUAAAUGUCACUGGAACUCCAGCGGAGAAUCAGAGCAAUUAUCAUGAUAAUCUGCCAGAUCCGGAGCUUUUAGAUCAUUACGACAACUUCUAUCAUACAACUAAAAGUUUGCUGGUGCUUUUUCAGAUAAUGGGAAUUAUGCCCAUAGAGAGAGAACCUGGUAAAACUAUUUAUAGAUGGACAUCGGCAACAAAUAUGUGGGCGUAUUUCAUUUUUGGAGUUGAAACUAUAUUUGUGAGUAUCGUUUUUCGGGAGCGACUCAAGUUGGUACUGUUACCAGGGAAACGUUUCGAUGAAUACAUUUACGCCAUCAUUUUUUUGAGUAUUUUGAUACCACAUUUCCUAUUACCGAUCGGAGCUUGGACUAACGGGCAUGAGGUAGCCAAAUUUAAAAAUAUGUGGACCAAAUUUCAAUAUAAAUAUUUCACAGUUACGAGAUCCCCGAUAAUAUUUAACAACCUCACCCUAAUCACGUACAGUUUAUGCGUUAUAUCAUGGUUGGUGGGUAUUUUGAUAAUGUUGGCUCAAUUCUAUCUGCAACCGGAUAUGUUGCUGUGGCACACUUUCGCUUAUUACCACAUACUAGCCAUGUUGAACGGACUUUGUUCCUUGUGGUUCAUCAAUUGCACCGCCAAAGGCAGAGCCGCUGGUUGGCUAUCGGAAAAUUUACACAACGCGUUGCAAAGUUCAGAUCCCGCCAGCAGAUUGGGAGAAUAUAGAGACUUAUGGGUGGAUUUAUCGCAUAUGAUGCAGCAAUUGGGUAAAGCCUACAGCGGUAUGUACGCAGUUUACUGUAUUCUGAUACUUCUUACUACAGUUGUAGCAGCGUACGGUUGCCUCACCGAAAUUCUAGACCACGGAUUAUCCACGAAAGAAGCCGGACUGUUUUUGAUAGCCUUUUAUUGCAUGACUUUGUUAUAUAUUAUAUGUAACGAAGCCCAUCAACUUACUCACAAAAUGGGGUCUGAGUUUAGAGAGAGAUUACUAAACGUCAAUUUAGGGGCCGUGGACCAGAAAACACGCCAAGAAGUAAACAUGUUUCUAACAGCUAUCGACAAGAAUCCUCCUGUAAUGAAUCUAAACGGUUACGCUAAUGUCAACAGGAAACUUAUUACAUCGGCCGUAACAUCAAUGGCUACUUAUUUAGUGAUGCUCAUGCAAUUUCGUUUGUCAUUGAUGCGAAACGCCGCUAUUGCAACAAGAAGAAUCAUUUCGCAAAAUGUGACCUCUCCAUCGGAAGUGAGUUCUUAAUAACCUAAAAAUGUCACGUCACC